UUAAUAGACUAAAAACAUAAAAAAAAUAAACUGUAUCACAUAUUCCAUCAUAUAUUAACUAUAAAUAUUUAUGAUUAAAACAUAAUUCACAAAUAAAUUGAUUUUAUAUCGGUUUUGUUUUCCACUUAGCCUCUUCUAAAAGUGUUCGAUUACAUUAUUUCUUCAUCAUUGACCUAUCUUUAAUACAAUAAUAAGCAAUACUAAAAAUAAUAUACAAAUGGCGGAUCAAUUAACAGAAGAACAAAUAGCAGAAUUUAAAGAGGCCUUUUCAUUGUUUGACAAAGAUGGGGAUGGAACUAUAACCACUAAAGAAUUAGGAACUGUUAUGAGGUCAUUAGGACAAAAUCCAACUGAAGCAGAGUUACAAGACAUGAUAAAUGAAGUAGAUGCAGAUGGAAACGGGACAAUAGACUUCCCCGAAUUUCUGACUAUGAUGGCUCGCAAGAUGAAGGACACUGACAGCGAAGAGGAGAUUCGAGAAGCGUUCCGAGUGUUCGAUAAGGAUGGCAACGGCUUUAUUAGCGCUGCUGAAUUGAGACACGUUAUGACCAACCUAGGCGAGAAGCUCACUGACGAGGAAGUCGACGAAAUGAUUCGCGAGGCCGACAUAGACGGCGACGGACAAGUCAAUUACGAAGAGUUUGUCACGAUGAUGACCUCCAAGUAACGAUUUGAUACGCAACGAAUCCAUUCAUUCCCUUUUUCCUUUCAACAACAAAAAAAAUUUCUGUUCAAAUGAUAUUAAUUAUAUAAAAAACUAAUUUCUUAUUAAUAAACAAAAAACUUAAAUCGCUCGUUGAACAAGUUAUUCCGGAGAAAAUAAAGAUAUUAUUUUUAUUUGUUAUUUUCAUCGCUCUCACCAAUACCUAUCGGCUCAUAAUUAAUCUAAUCCAAUCCUAUUAUUUAUUUUUAAAUACUAUGAAUUAUACAUAUUACAUUUCUUUUUAUUUAAAAAAAGAAAGAUAACAAUAGGAAACAAAAUUAUUGUUUUUUAUACAAAGUGUUCUUUAUUUUUAUCUAAAAUUAUUAUCAUUAUGAUGUGUUUCUAUUUUUAUAUUCGCAAUCCAGAUAAAUUCAAUAUUUUUUUUACUGCGUUCUCAACAAAUUACUUUUUUUCAGUCUCAUGUAACAAAAAACAAUUUUGUUUUUUGGCAAAAAUGGAGGUUAAAAUCGAUAAUUGUAUAAAAUAUUUUUUUUUAAUGUUUUUUUCCCUCUUGGUUUUCUUCUAUCUGUUCGCUCGACAUUAUAUAAUUCUUUAGAUUUAUUGAUUUCUUUAUUUAAUUUUUUUUAUCCUUUUGUCACACAUAGAUAAAUCUACUUUGA